GUCUCUAUGCGUACACUGCCUCCCUCUGGCAGAUGAGUAACCAGCGUGGCCGUACGUGUCGCAGUCGCACGGCCAGAUAGUCCCCUGCGAGCACGGUGCAUCCUCCGGCUCGCAGCAUGCCCUCCACCAGCCGGGCAGGGAGCCAGAAGGACACAGAGAUCGCAGAGCUAUUCUUCAGAGAGGACCCCGAGAAGCUCUUCACAGACCUCCGUGAGAUCGGUCAUGGCAGCUUCGGGGCAGUGUAUUUUGCACGGGAUGUGCGGACCGCAGAGGUGGUGGCCAUCAAGAAGAUGUCCUACAGUGGGAAACAGUCUAAUGAGAAAUGGCAGGAUAUCAUAAAGGAAGUCAAGUUCCUCCAGAGAAUACAACACCCAAACAGCAUAGAGUAUAAAGGAUGCUACCUGCGGGAACACACAGCAUGGCUUGUCAUGGAGUACUGUUUGGGCUCCGCCUCUGACCUCCUUGAAGUUCACAAGAGGCCCCUUCAGGAAGUUGAGAUUGCAGCCAUUACCCAUGGUGCUUUGCAGGGCCUUGCAUACCUUCAUUCCCAUAACAUGAUUCACAGGGAUAUCAAAGCUGGGAACAUCCUGCUGACCGAGCCAGGACAAGUCAAACUGGCAGAUUUUGGUUCUGCCUCCAUUGCUUCUCCAGCCAACUCUUUUGUGGGGACACCAUAUUGGAUGGCCCCUGAAGUGAUUUUAGCCAUGGAUGAGGGACAGUAUGAUGGAAAGAUUGACAUCUGGUCUCUUGGGAUCACCUGCAUAGAACUAGCGGAAAGGAAACCUCCUCUGUUUAACAUGAAUGCGAUGAGUGCCUUAUAUCACAUAGCACAGAAUGAGAGCCCUGCACUGCAAUCGAGUGAAUGGACGGAUUAUUUUAGAAAUUUUGUUGACUCCUGCCUUCAGAAAAUCCCUCAAGACAGACCACACUCUGAGGAUCUGUUGCAGCAUGCCUUUGUCCUGCGAGGGAGGCCAGAAUCUGUUCUGAUAGACUUAAUUUUGCGGACAAAAGAUGCGGUCCGAGAGCUGGACAACCUGCAGUACCGCAAGAUGAAGAAGAUCCUCUUUCAGGAGGCACACAAUGGGCCGACCACUGAGACCCAGGAGGGAGAUGAGGAGCCAGAGCAUGGUCCUGGUCACACGGGCACAGUGAGCAGUGUGGGCAGUAAUCAGUCCAUUCCCAGCAUGUCAAUCAGUGCAAGCUCUCAGAGCAGCUCAGUGAACAGCAUUCCCGAUGCUGCUGAUGACAAGAGUGACCAUGACCUGGAGAAAGACCACACUUUUAUGUCAAAUAAUUCGGUCAUACACCUGAAGCCUGAAGAAGAGGAAGUUUACCCCAACGAUCCUGAAACGCGUCCUCAUCCCUCAGAAGCCCAGGCGGCACCCGCACAGCCCCCGCAACGCAAACACCAUCGCAACCGCGAGCACUUUGCCACCAUUCGCACAGCUUAUCUGGUGACACGCCAGAUGCAGGAACAUGAGCAGGACUCCGAGCUGAGGGAGCAGAUGUCCGGUUACAAACGCAUGAGACGGCAGCACCAGAAGCACCUUAUGGCCCUGGAGAACAAACUGAAAGCGGAGAUGGACGAACACAGGCUGAGACUGGACAAAGAACUGGAGGCCCAGAGGAACAGCUUUGCCGCUGAGAUGGAGAAACUUGUGAAGAAAAACCAAGCAUCCAUAGAGAAAGAUGCCAAGUCAUUUGCCAAUGAUGAGAAGAAAUUCCAACAGCACAUUCAAGCACAGCAAAAGAAAGAGCUUAGUAGCUUCCUGGAGUCACAGAAACGAGAGUACAAGCUAAGGAAGGAACAACUCAAAGAGGAGCUAAAUGAGAACCAGUCCACCCCUAAGAAAGAGAAGCAAGAGCGGCUUUCGAAGCAGAAGGAGAACUUUCAGCACUACCAGGCAGAGGAGGAAGCCAACCUGCUCCGCCGACAGCGGCAGUACCUGGAGCUAGAAUGUCGGCGCUUUAAACGGCGAAUCCUCAUUGCAAAACACAAUGUAGAACAGGACCUUGUACGGGAGGAACUAAAUAAGCGCCAGACACAGAAAGAUCUGGAACAUGCCAUGCUGCUCCGCCAUCAUGAAUCCAUGCAGGAGCUGGAAGUUAGGCAGCUGGGCACCAUUCAGAAGAUGCGUACAGAGCUGAUUCGCUUGCAGCAUCAGACUGAACUCACCAACCAGCUAGAGUACAACAAACGCAGAGAGCGAGAGCUCCGCCGCAAACAUGUCAUGGAGGUCCGGCAACAGCCCAAAAGCCUUAAGUCUAAAGAGCUUCAGAUCAAGAAACAGUUCCAGGACACGUGUAAAAUCCAGACACGGCAGUAUAAGGCCUUGCGCAACCACCUCCUGGAGACCACACCCAAGUCUGACCACAAGGCUGUGCUGAAGAGGCUGAAGGAGGAGCAGACCCGGAAAUUAGCCAUCCUUGCUGAACAGUAUGACCAUUCCAUCAAUGACAUGCUCUCCACACAAGCUCUGCGAUUGGAUGAGGCACAGGAGGCUGAAUGUCAGGUGUUAAAGAUGCAGCUGCAGCAGGAGUUGGAGUUGCUGAAUGCUUAUCAGAGCAAAAUCAAAAAGCAGACGGAUGCACAGCAUGAUCGUGAGAGGAAAGAGCUGGAGCAGAGGGUUUCGCUGAGGAGGGCUCUUCUUGAGCAGAAGAUUGAAGAGGAGAUGGUUACCCUGCAAAAUGAGCGCUCAGAACGAAUCCGCAGUCUAUUAGAGAAGCAGGCCCGGGAGAUUGAAGCGUUCGACUCUGAAAGCAUGCGCCUGGGAUUCAGCAACAUGGUGCUCUCCAACCUGGCCUCAUCCGAUGGCCACAGCCACAGCUUUCCGGGGGCCCAGAGUAGCUGGGGCUCCCAGCACGGUGCAAGCACCCAGGGGUCACCCUGGGGAGGACACCACAGUGGCAGCCAGCACGGCCACCACCACCACCCAAGCCACAGUGACUCUAUCCAGCAGCCUUGGGGUCAUGGCCUACCUUCAGGGGGGCCACCCCCCUGGGGGCACUACGGGUCUGGGGCCAGUCAGUGCUCGAGUGGGGGAAGUGGUGGGCUACGGAACAGUCCCCAGGUGGUACGGCGGGCCACCACAGGUGUCCGCAAUGAGCAGGGGAUGAGCAGAAGUACCAGCAUCGCCUCUCAGAUUUCCAAUGGUUCGCACCUGUCCUACACGUAAGACCACCCACUGCUUUCCCACAACACUCAUCUUGACCCAAAGUGCCAUAGGGGAGGGGACAAAGGGGCACCAGGGCUUUUUUUUCUUUUUUUUUU